CCGAUUGAUUGGCUUCUUCGCUUGUGGUCCGCAAAUAAUACAGCAUGCAAACGUACAAGUACUAGAGCACAGAACCAUUGUUGUAAAUACUUUUUUAUGCGAUGGAUUGUCUUUCUGACCUAACCGCAUUCACACCAGGCUUGAAUUAGAUACUAGUAUUCGACCAGCAAGCCUAUCAGACCAUAUUCCAGCCCACCUGCCACUUACACCUACCCAUAAGCCCACCCCACCUCCACCCCUGAGAACACAAUGGCAGAGAGCAAGACAUUCAAGAUCGGCAUCAUCAUCGGCAGCACGCGCGUCGUCCGCGUAGGCCCACAAGUUGCCAAAUUCAUCCUUGACACGGUCCAAACCGGCGGCCCCUCCGAAUCAUCCUCCGCCGAUACCACCCUCAAAUCCCGCACCACCGUCGACAUAAUCGACAUCAAAGACUUCAACCUGCCCAUCUUCGACGAGCCGGGCAUCCCCAACCGCAUCAAGUCCCCCGAGGCCUACCAGCACGAACACACGCGUGUCUGGGGGAGGCACAUCGCGUCGUACGACGCCUUCGUCUUCCUCUCGGCUCAGAGAAACUGGGGGAUCCCCGCGGAGCUCAAGAACGCUAUCGAUUACCUGUUUCAUGAGUGGAAGGGGAAGCCGGCUAUGAUCAUCACCUUUGGAGGGCAUGGGGGCUUGCAGUGCGCCGAGCAGCUAAGGACCGUGAUUGGGGCCAUUGGCAUGCGCGUUGUGGAGAGGAUGGUGAAUAUGAAGUUCCCGUCGUUUGAAUACUUGGAUAAGGGGUUUAAGGGGGAGGACCUGGGGCUCGAUGUGAGAAAUGAUGAGGGGCCUUGGGCGGAACAUAGGGAAGCGAUUGCGGAGGUGUUUUGGGAUGAGAUGGUUAGUAAGAUGCUGGUGGUGGUUUGAAGGAGUUCAGUAACAACGAAUGGAGACGUGCUUGCGUUAUAUUACUCUACGAUUGCUGGCGAGUAACGUGCGCUAAUAUAGUGGGUGCUUCGUUGGUUUAUGCAGAAUUAACCGUUUCAUUAUUUGAAUUGAUCAAAUGAUACUGCCUUCGACAUGUCUCAGAACAACGAAGUCCCACCGGUAAACUCAAUAACUUCAGAGAUAUUAAUGACUAUGUCAAUUUGGCUGGCGAUCCAAGGUCGCAUCACUACAACAAAA